GAGGACAGCAGGGCAGACACUCUCCCUCCCAACACCUGCACCUGGUGCCUUGAUUCCACCACCCCCUAAAGAACUCCCCUCGCCGGAUCAAUGGAGCUGCAUUUGAACGCACCUCGCUGAUUGUUGCUGCGUACAAAACUUUUAUUUCGAGAAAGAGUGGAUUAAGCGAUUCCAAGGAUCUCUAUAUUUGUGCUCUUUUUAAGAGAGAGGGAGAGAGAGAGAAAAGGUUGCCUGGAAGGCAGAUUAAUAGCGACUGAUUAGAAUUCUUUCCCCCCACCUUUUCUCCUUGUUCUUCUCACGAGGAAUUUGCGAACGGAUUGUUUCAGUGCGCGCGCAGAGCUGCUGCUGCUGCUGCUGAGGGAGAUUUUUCCAGUCCGGAGCUUCGAGGCGCACAACGCGGGGAAUGCAGCGGUAACACAUCCCGCAAGUUUGGGAGCUCAGAGGCACGACGCAGCGAUCCAGAAAGAGGCGGAAAGCAAAGAUUUAGAUCUCUGUGGGCUACCUGCAUGACGGUUACCAUGACAGCAUCUGGAGCCCGACUCCUCCUGUUGGCCUUGUGUGUUUACAGAGGCUGGGGCCUGCAGCAGUCAGCGCCCAGGGUUCGCCUCUCCUUCAAAGAACUCAUGGACACCCGGGCAGCGCGGCCCUUCAGCUUCUCCUUCAACACCAGCGACUACCGCAUCCUCCUGAUGGAUCAGGAUCAGGGCCGCCUGUACCUGGGGAGCCGGGAGUACCUGGUGGCCCUGGACAUGCACAAUGUCAACAAGGAGCCGCUCAUUCAGAUCCACUGGCCGGCGUCGGCCAAGAGGAAGGGGGAAUGUCAGAUGACGGGAAAAGGAAAACAGGGUGAAUGUGCCAACUUUGUGCGGUUGAUAGAGCCGUGGAACCGCACCCACCUCUACACCUGUGGAACGGGGGCGUACCAGCCCAUCUGCACCUUCAUCAACAGAGGCUGGAGGGCAGAGGACUACCUGUUCCGGCUGGUCCCUGGGUACGUGGAUUCAGGGAAGGGAAAAUGUUCCUACGAUCCCAAACAGGAGAACGUCGCAGUUUUGAUCAACAGUAACCUCUACGCGGGCGUGCAUAUCGACUUCAUGAGCACAGACGCCGCUCUGUUCAGGACCAUGGGGGGGAGGACGGCGAUCCGGACGGAGCAGUACGACUCCAGGUGGCUCAACGAGCCGGUGUUUAUUCAGAUCCAGCAGAUCCCUGACAGCGCAGAAAAGAAUGACGACAAACUUUACUUCUUCUUCCGUGAGAAGAGUCUAGACUCCAGCGGCGGGGCCAGCCCCACCGUCUUAGCCCGGGUGGGGCGAGUGUGUCUGAAUGAUGAAGGAGGCCAGAAGUCGCUGGUGAACCGCUGGACCACCUUCCUGAAGGCUCGCCUUAUCUGCUCGGUGAUCGGAGAAGACGGAGUGGAGACCCGCUUUGAUGAACUACGUGAUGUAUUUAUCCAGCCGACGCAGGAUGAGCGGAACCCCAUGGUGUACGCUCUCUUCACCACCGCGGGCUCGGUGUUCAAGGGCUCGGCGGUGUGUGUGUACUCGAUGGCCGACAUCCGCAACGUCUUCAAUGGACCGUUCGCCCACAAGCACGGCCAUAAUUACCAGUGGACUGAGUACACUGGGAAAAUUCCCUACCCACGGCCCGGAACGUGUCCAGGAGGCACCUUCACUCCAGGAAUCCGCUCCUCCAAGAACUUCUCAGAUGAGGCAGUGAAUUUCAUCCGGGCCCACCCCCUCAUGUUUCAUCCGGUUUACCCGAUCCACCGCCGCCCCCUGGUGGUCAGGACUGGCGUGGACUACCGCUUCACGGCCCUGGUGGUGGAUCAGGUGGACGCUGUGGACGGACGCUAUGAAGUGCUUUUCCUGGGAACAGAUCGAGGGACGGUGCAGAAAGUAAUCGUGCUUCCCAAGGAUCCGACCAGCUUUGAGGAACUGACUCUGGAGGAAGUGGAGGUUUUUCGGAGCAGAGCUCCAGUCAAAACAAUGAAGAUAUCAUCUAAAAGACAACAGCUGUACGUGUCUUCGGACGCGGGGUUGACCCAGGUGUCGCUGCACCGCUGCGGCGUGUACGGCCGGGCCUGCUCCGACUGCUGCCUGGCCCGGGACCCCUACUGCGCCUGGGACGGAGAGAGCUGCUCCGCUUUCACACCGUCCACCAAGAGGAGGAGCAGAAGACAGGAUGUGAAACACGGCGACCCUCUGAGGCAGUGCAGAGGCUUCAACGCCAAAGUGGAGAAGCGUCUGAGGGAGACGGUGCAGUUCGGGGUGGAGGGCAGCAGCACCUUCCUGGAGUGUCAGCCUCGCUCCCCUCAGGCUACUGUCAAGUGGCUUUUCCAGAGGGAAGGAAAGAGAAAAGUGCUGAACCGCGGAGCAGGAGUUCUGAAGACCAACCACGGGAUCCUCCUCAAGUCCCUCAACCAGUCGGACGCGGGGCUCUACCACUGCCUCGCCACCGAGAACAACUUCAAACACACGGUGGCCCGCGUGGCGCUGCGCAUCCUCGACCGGGACAUCGUUCUGGCCCUCACCGCCCAGGACGAGGACGAGGAGCCCAAAACGCGGCAGGCGGCGUCCUACCCGCAGUCCACCUUGGCCUCCACGCCCUUCCCCCCCGAGAUCAGACUGAUCAACCAGUACUGCCAGUCCUACUGGGAACAGCUGAACCCCAAACAGCAGCAGCUGCGGAAGCGCACCAGCCGCAGACACACGGAGAGCCAGGACCAGGGCCUCGGCUAGAGCGCGGCCCCGACGCCGUCCGGAUCCUCUCUGUCUGGACUUUCUAGUGGACUUUAAGUUCGACCCACGUUUGGGCUUCACUUCCAUUCAUUAGACGGACGACUCUGUCCUCCUGCUGUGUCCAUGUUUCUACAAGUCUCAG